GAGGUGGGAGUACGGCUCACUCGCCUUCUGGUGCAGUCGCUUGCUUGCCUGCCUGCCUGCCCGCUUGCCUGCCUGCUCGCCUGCUUGCCUGCCUCCCUCCCUCCUCCUUUUCAGGAUUCCUGGUUCAUAGCCGUUGCUCCUGCUCUUGACAGAAAUAUCUGUCUUUACACUCAGUUGCAAAUCUGUAGAAGACUACUUUCCUCAUUACCCAGUCACAGAAUGUGCUGAGAUUCUUUUUUUUAAAAAAGCUAUUUUUCAUGUCAGCUGCACUUUUUAUACAGUUAAGAACUAUAAUCAUGUUUGAAAGGCAAUGACUUACUCUUUUCAAGAAACUUAAAAGGCGUAAUGAUAUCCACAGCACCAGAGUUCUGCCCUUGAUGCAGAGAGACUCGUGCCUUCCGCUGUAUUUGCCUCGGAAUUUGCCUCAAUGCGUGUGCUCCCCCCUCCAAGUUAUCUGGCUUGCAAAACUGGGAAAGCAGCAACGGCUGCUCAUCUUUGGCGGUAGAAGAUUAUGGUGGCGGCUCAGCACUAGGAAUCCAGCAGCAGCAGAGCAAGACUCAGGAUGCAUUUUCACUAAAAAUCCUCAGCAUCAGGAAGGGCAGCUGAAUGAUUUGGCAGCUGAGCAAAAAUUGAGAUCAUUUAUAACAAGGAAACAGGAAAAGCAAGAACGUGGGGCUGGGGGCAAUAGCUCCAGUUUUUUUCUGUGCUUCUAGGGAGGGGGGUUAUUAUCAUGGCAGAUCGGACAGCUCCUAGAUGCCAGCUCCAUCUGGAGUGGGUAUAUGGGUAUAGGGGUCAUCAGUGCCGCAACAACCUGUACUACACAGCAGGCAAAGAAGUGGUUUAUUUUGUGGCUGGAGUCGGCGUGGUUUAUAACACCAGAGAGCAUACACAAAAAUUUUUCCUGGGGCACAAUGAUGACAUUAUCAGCCUAGCUUUGCAUCCUGAUAAAACCCUUGUUGCUACAGGACAAGUUGGCAAGGACCCUUAUAUCUGCAUCUGGGAUUCCUACAGUGUACAGGCUGUCUCUGUCCUAAAAGAUGCACAUACCCAUGGAGUUGCCUGCUUGGCUUUUGAUUCAGAUGGCCAGCGUUUAUCUUCAGUGGGUUUGGAUGCCAAAAACACAGUCUGCAUUUGGGAUUGGAAGAAAGGAAAACUACUGGCAUCAGCUACUGGCCACUCAGAUAGGAUUUUUGAUAUUUCCUGGGAUCCAUAUCAACCUAACCGAGUGGCUAGCUGCGGAGUGAAACAUAUCAAGUUUUGGACACUGUGCGGAAAUGCCUUGACAGCCAAAAGAGGAAUAUUUGGCAAAACAGGAGACUUGCAAACUAUCCUCUGUUUGUCAUGUGCGAAAGAUGAUGUUACGUUUUCUGGUGCUUUAAAUGGAGACGUCUAUGUCUGGAAAGGGCUCACCCUAGUCCGCACAAUCCAAGGAGCUCAUGGUGCUGGAAUUUUUAGCAUGUAUGGAUGUGAAGAAGGUUUUGCAACCGGUGGGAGAGAUGGCUGCAUUCGACUGUGGGAUAUUGAUUUCAAGCCAAUAACUAAAAUUGAUCUCAGGGAGACUGAGCAAGGAUAUAAAGGUUUAUCUAUCAGAAGCGUGUGUUGGAAAGGAGAUCGGCUUCUAGCAGGAAGUCAGGACAGUGAAAUAUUUGAAAUUAUUGUGAGAGAAAGAGACAAGCCAAUGCUUAUAAUGCAAGGUCACUGUGAAGGCGAGCUCUGGGCCCUGGCAGUCCAUCCCAAAAAGCCAUUAGUUGUUACUGGCAGUGAUGAUCGAUCUGUGCGUUUAUGGAGUCUUGCUGAUCAUGCUUUGAUUGCCCGGUGCAAUAUGGAAGAAGCUGUGCGGAGUGUCUCUUUCAGCCCUGAUGGGUCUCAGCUGGCUCUGGGAAUGAAAGACGGCUCUUUUAUUGUUCUGAGAGUAAGAGAUAUGACAGAAGUUGUUCAUAUAAAAGAUCGGAAAGAAGUAAUUCAUGAAAUGAAGUUUUCACCAGAUGGCUGCUAUCUUGCAGUGGGUUCGAAUGAUGGUCAGGUAGAUAUCUAUGCAGUUGCUCAGCGGUAUAAGAAAACUGGAGAAUGCAGCAAGUCUUCUAGUUUUAUCACUCAUAUUGACUGGUCUCUAGACAGUAAAUUCUUGCAAACAAAUGAUGGUGCAGGAGCACACUUCUUCUACAGGAUGCCAUCUGGAAAACAUUUGGCAAACAAAGAUGAGAUCAAAGGAAUUUGUUGGGCCUCAUGGACCUGUGUGAUAGGAUCAGAAGUAAAUGGAAUCUGGCCAAAGUACAGUGAUGUUACAGAUAUUAAUUCUGUAGAUGGGAAUUAUAAUAAUGCAGUUUUAGCGACUGGAGAUGAUUUUGGAUUAGUUAAAUUAUUCAGAUUUCCAUGUCUUAAAAAAGGUGCAAAAUUCAGAAAAUAUGUUGGCCAUUCUGCUCACGUUACAAAUGUCCGCUGGUCACAUGACUUCCAAUGGGUAAUCAGUACAGGAGGUGCAGAUCAUUCUGUUUUUCAAUGGCGGUUUAUUCCAGAAGGUGUAACAACUGGUAUCCUUGAAGCAGCCCGUAUAGAAUGUGGCAUAGAUUCAUACAGUGAAGAAUCAGAUUCUGAUUUAUCGGAUGUGCCAGAAUUAGAUUCAGAUAUUGAGCAAGAAGCUCAAAUCAAUUAUGUUCGACAGGUUUACAAAGAAGAUCUACCUCAACUGAAACAACAACGUAAAGAGAAAAGCCACUCGGUGCCCUUCCUUAAGAGAGAGAGAGCGCCUGAUGACAGUUUAAAGCUGCAAUUUAUACAUGGUUAUAGAGGCUAUGAUUGUCGAAAUAAUUUAUUCUACACACAAACUGGAGAAGUGGUCUAUCAUAUUGCUGCUGUUGCUGUGGUGUAUAAUAGACAGCAGCACACCCAAAGACUAUAUCUUGGUCAUGAUGAUGACAUUCUCAGCCUUGCUAUCCAUCCUAUGAAAGAUUAUGUUGCUACUGGACAGGUUGGGAGAGAUCCUGCUAUUCACAUUUGGGAUAUACAGAUGCUCAAAUGUUUGUCACUGCUAAGAGGCCAGCACCAAAGGGGAAUAUGUGCACUUGACUUUUCAGCUGAUGGGAAAUGCUUAGCUUCGAUUGGACUAGACGACAAUCAUACCAUUGUACUGUGGGACUGGAAAAAAGGAGAAAAGCUGGCUGUGACCAGGGGUCACAAAGAUAAGCUCUUUGUAAUAAAGUGCAACCCUCAUCAUGCUGAUAAACUGGUGACUGUUGGAAUAAAGCACAUCAAAUUUUGGCAACAAACAGGUGGUGGUUUUACCUCAAAACGUGGCGUGUUUGGAAAUAUUGGGAAACAGGAAACCAUGAUGAGUAUUUCCUAUGGACGGCUAGAGGAUCUUGUUUUCUCUGGAUCUGCAACUGGAGAUAUUUACAUCUGGAAAGAUGUUUUGUUGGUUAAGACAGUAAAAGCUCACGAUGGGCCUGUAUUUGCUAUGCAUGCUUUAGAUAAGGGCUUUGUGACAGGUGGAAAGGAUGGCGUUGUGGCACUUUGGGAUGAUACAUUUGAGAGGUGCUUGAAGACAUAUGCCAUCAAAAGAGCAGUGCUCUCUCCUGGGUCUAAAGGGUUGCUGCUGGAAGAUAAUCCAUCAAUUCGCGCCAUCACUUUAGGGCAUGGGCAUAUACUGGUGGGGACAAAAAAUGGAGAGAUUCUUGAAAUUGAUAAAACUGGUCCCAUGACUCUACUUGUGCAGGGCCAUAUGGAAGGAGAAGUUUGGGGUCUAGCAGCACAUCCUCUCUUGCCAAUCUGUGCAACAGUGAGCGAUGAUAAAACUCUAAGGAUCUGGGAGCUUUCCUCCCAACAUCGUAUGCUGGCAGUGCGAAAACUUAAAAAAGGUGGACGAUGCUGUGCCUUCUCCCCUGAUGGGAAAGCCUUGGCAGUUGGAUUGAAUGAUGGAAGCUUUCUGGUUGUGAAUGCUGAUACUUUGGAAGAUAUGCUUUCUUUCCAUCACAGAAAAGAAAUGAUCUCUGACAUCAAAUUUUCUCGAGAUUCAGGAAAAUACCUGGCGGUGGCUUCCCAUGAUAACUUUGUAGAUAUUUACAAUGUACUUACCAGCAAAAGAGUUGGAAUCUGCAAAGGAGCAUCUAGCUAUAUCACACACAUAGAUUGGGAUUCAAGAGGGAAGCUACUGCAAGUCAAUUCUGGUGCCAAAGAACAAAUUUUCUUUGAAGCUCCAAGGGGAAAGAGGCAUAUAAUAAGAUCCACAGAGAUUGAAAAGAUUGAAUGGGAUACCUGGACAUGUGUUCUUGGUCCUACUUGUGAAGGAAUUUGGCCAAUACACAGUGAUGUCACUGUUAUCAAUGCAGCUUCCCUUACUAAAGAUAGCACUCUCUUAGCUACAGGGGAUGACUUUGGGUUCGUAAAACUCUUCAGGUAUCCAGUAAAGGGUCAGCAUGCCAAGUUUAAGAAGUACGUUGGUCAUAGUUCCCAUGUCACCAAUGUCAGGUGGUUACAUAAUGAUUCUGUGCUGUUGACUGUGGGUGGUGCUGACACUGCCCUGAUGAUCUGGACUCGAGAAUUUGUUGGAACCCAGGAAAGCAAGCUAGUUGACAGUGAAGAAUCAGAUACUGAUGCAGAAGAAGAUGGAGGUUAUGACAGUGAUGUUGCACGUGAAAAAGCAAUUGAUUACACUACGAAGAUCUAUGCAGUGAGCAUCCGAGAGAUGGAAGGCACAAAGCCACACCAACAAUUAAAGGAAGUUUCAGUAGAAGAAAGGCCACCAGUCAGCAGAGCUGCUCCUCAACCUGAGAAACUGCAAAAGAAUAAUAUCAACAAAAAAAAGAAAGUGGUUGAGGAACUGUGUUUAGAUCAUGUCUUUGGAUAUCGUGGAUUUGAUUGCCGCAAUAACCUUCAUUACCUCAAUGAUGGUGCUGAUAUUAUUUUCCAUACUGCAGCAGCAUGCAUAGUUCAAAAUCUCUCAACAGGAAGUCAGAGUUUCUACCUGGAACAUACAGAUGACAUCCUCUGCCUAACAGUCAACCAACACCCAAAAUAUAAAAAUAUUGUAGCCACCAGCCAGAUUGGUACUACACCGUCUAUUCACAUAUGGGAUGCAAUGACCAAGCAGACUCUCUCUAUGCUGCGUUGCUUCCAUUCUAAAGGAGUGAACUAUGUUAACUUCAGUGCAACUGGCAAACUUCUGGUAUCUCUAGGAGUUGAUCCAGAGCACACAAUCACAGUAUGGAGAUGGCAUGAAGGUGCUAAAAUUGCAAGCAGAGGAGGUCACCUAGAGAGGAUCUUUGUUGUAGAGUUUCGUCCAGAUUCUGAUACCCAGUUUGUUUCUGUUGGAGUAAAACACAUGAAGUUCUGGACUCUUGCUGGAAGUGCUUUGCUGUAUAAAAAAGGAGUGAUAGGUUCGUUGGAUGAUGCCAAAAUGCAAACCAUGCUUUCGGUGGCAUUUGGAGCAAAUAAUCUCACUUUCACGGGUGCCAUCAAUGGAGAUGUUUAUGUGUGGAAAGAUCACUUUCUAAUUCGACUUGUGGCAAAAGCUCACACUGGGCCAGUCUUUACGAUGUAUACCACUCUUCGUGAUGGGCUCAUAGUUACUGGAGGGAAAGAGAGACCAACGAAAGAAGGAGGGGCUGUAAAACUAUGGGAUCAAGAGAUGAAGCGCUGCCGAGCCUUUCAACUAGAGACGGGACAGACGGUGGAAUGUGUGCGCUCAGUGUGUCGAGGAAAGGGUAAAAUUUUAGUGGGGACAAAAGAUGGAGAAAUCCUUGAAGUUGGAGAAAAAAAUGGUGCUUCUAAUCUUCUAAUUGAUAGCCACAUGGAAGGAGAAAUUUGGGGCCUGGCAACUCAUCCAUCCAAAGAUAUCUUCAUAUCUGCUAGUAAUGAUGGAACUGCAAGGAUCUGGGACCUUUGUGAUAAAAAACUUCUGAAUAAAGUUAAUUUGGGCCAUGCUGCAAGAUGUGCUGCCUACAGUCCAGAUGGCGAGAUGGUUGCUAUUGGCAUGAAGAAUGGAGAGUUUAUUAUUUUGCUUGUCAACAGUCUUAAAGUUUGGGGCAAAAAAAGGGAUAGAAAAUCUGCUAUCCAGGACAUCAGAAUCAGCCCAGAUAAUCGGUUUUUGGCAGUGGGUUCACAAGAACAUACUGUAGACUUCUAUGAUCUCACACAAGGCACAACCUUGAAUCGAAUCGGCUAUUGCAAAGACAUCCCAAGUUUUGUCAUUCAAAUGGAUUUUUCAGCAGAUAGCAAAUACAUUCAGGUAUCAACUGGUGCCUACAAACGGCAAGUCCAUGAAGUGCCACUAGGAAAGCAAGUCACAGAUACAGCAUUUAUUGGAAAGAUCACCUGGGCUACCUGGACAAGCAUCCUUGGGGAUGAAGUCAUUGGUAUUUGGCCCCGAAACGCAGAUAAGGCAGAUGUCAACUGUGCCUGUGUGACCCAUGCUGGCUUGAACAUUGUCUCUGGAGAUGACUUUGGGCUAGUCAAACUCUUUGAUUUUCCAUGUACUGAAAAAUUUGCCAAACAUAAACGUUACUUUGGUCAUUCUGCACAUGUCACCAACAUACGCUUUUCUCAUGACGACAUGUAUGUUAUCAGCACAGGAGGAGAUGACUGCAGGUAUGGUUUUGCAUUGUGUAACAUUUAGUUAGUUAAAUGGUGUGUUUGGAGAUUUUGAGUUGAAAUGGGAGAAAGCCAAACAUAUUUUAUUAAGCUGCAAUAGAUGCUUAAAGUUGACUGUUAAGGAAUUCUGUUUGGUGCAGACACACAUUUGACACUAUCAUAUUAUGGUCUUUGUUAAAAAUUUGUGUAUGCCAGUGGUGGGAAAUUAAUUAUUGUUAGUUGGCAUUUCUUGUUUUAAAUGUGGUGGAAUAUGGGGGUGGAUGGGUGGAGAACAAGCUUGCAGUACAAUUUUAGCCACAUCUGUUUAUUUGUAAAUAACAUGUUAUUUUUUCUUCUUCAGUGUAUUUGUAUGGCGAUGUCUUUAAAGGUCACAACUCUCCAGGAUCAUUCUUGCCACCACUGCCAUUUGAGUGCCAAACAGUAAAUGCAUGGAAACCGUUCAACAUCUCAGCAUGGCUGGGAUUACGAACUGUUAAUUUAUGAAAGACACAAUUAGACUAUGUAAUACAUCCCCAAAUGUAUGCAACUAUGGGGAAAUCAAAUAUUACAUAACUUGGUAUUGACUUUAAAUUAAUUAUUCUAAUAUAUACUAAAAUCUGUCUUGCCAAAUUAAAUAUUCAGGAAUACUAUGUCAAGACCAGGGUCUCAAACUCAAAUUGUCACAAGUGCCAUGUGAGUCUUAGCCUGUCGGCACAAGACUGAAACCUUUCUGUGCAUGAAUUAAGUCCAAAAUGAAAAGUAUCACAUGUCAUGUAACAUAAUAUAUUGUGCUCUUAAAUCAAACUUUAUUACAAAGCAAAGCUACUUACAAGGCAGCCAUUUUGGCCAUUUGGCUGGCAGCAUUUUCCAUUAACUUUAAUACCAAUAUCUGGUUUUAUUACAUGAUGUAUAGUUUUUUCUAAAUCCCAUUAAGACCAAUACCGGCUAGGGCUAGUCCCAUCCCACUAUAAGCUUAAAGUAUAAUGGUUUCCCCUGCCCAGUCGUGACUGACUCAAAGGGGCGGUGCUCAUCUCCGAUUCUUAGCUGAGGGAGCCUGUGUUGUCUGAGACACUUUCAUCAUCAUAUGGCCAGCAUGAAAAUAACCUUUGUGCUGAAGCUGGACCUAUUUAUCUAUUAUAUCUACUCUCAUUUGUAUGCUUUCAAACAGCUAGGUUGGCAGGAGUUGGAGUGAGUAAUGGGAACUCAUCCCAUUUUGCGGGCUCGGGUCUCAAACCCAGGUUGUCGGCUUUCCAGCUGACAAGCCCAGUGUCUUAACCGCUAAGCCAUCAUGCCCCCUCCUGUCCCAUUAAGAGCAGUCAAAAUCCUGCUUUUCUUUUUAUUGAGCAGGCUUCUCUUUCAGACUUCUCUUUAUUCACCACUUUUGUCCUCUUGCCUGUUCUUAUCACUAGCCAAGCUCUCCUCCAUUUCUUGGCUGAUGCCUUGCUUGGCAUAGGUAUGCUCACAGCAAGACAGCCAAGCUAGGUCAGGCCUUCUCCAACCUUCUCCAUUUCAGCUGCAGCCCCAUUUCUGAGGGUCUGCCUGAAGAUCACAGUGCUGCCUCAGAGCGUGUGCGCUGAGGGGGUGCUGCCAGUACAAUAGUGCACAGCCCAACCAACCAGGCUCAGUUGUUGCCAAGAGAACUAUAAGAUUGGUUUGAAGAGUCGUUUUGGUGCCUGUGUGUACAGAUAUCUGUACAUAGGUCCCUGACCUCAGUGGCCACAAGGUCUUAAGUAAUGGACCACGCCAAAUUAUUUCAAGGGCCAUGAAUUUGGGUCCACUGACUCAGUCUAUUGUAGAGAUAAGGCUUCAACAACCGUUUAAAAAAAUUGAAGACUUCAAUGUGAAAAUAGUGAAAACCAGCUUAUUUCUUCAAACUUGUUCCAUCAUUCCUAAAGCAUAUUAGAGACGGGAUAUAUUAUGAAAAAAGCAGGCUUUGGUUUGUGGCUGGUUUUAUUAAAAAAAUGAAAUAAUUAGCAAUGCUUUCUCCCCUCUUCCAUUAAGUGUAUUAGAUGAAAUUCUUUUUGCCAUUUUUCUACGAAGUGCCUUUUGAAAACUUUUCAGAUACUGCAGGAUAUAACAUUAUCUCCUGCCAUUGCCUAUUUUCUGCUCAUGGUGCUAAAAUCUACAAACUGAGGAGGGCUGACAGUCACUUUUCCCCCUAAAUGUCACAAUGUUUAUUCUUUUAUUUAUUUUGACUACGUUUCAGCCUUCUCUCUUAAUAUCAACAGCAAAGAGUAAAGAUACAAGGCAAAAAUUAAAAAUAACUGUCAGUCAGUUUAACACUACAUAUGGAAAUUAGGACUUCACAGAAGUGGUAGAAUGAAAUGAAAAAUGAAUACCCUUCCUUUCCUUCCCAUUUGAGGUACAUUUUUCAAUAUUUUUUAUCAGUCAAGCAAUAGCCAAGAUAGCAUUUUAACUUCCAGGGAAAAAAAUCCCCUUUCCUUCAUGAAGUGGUUCAAGGGCAUUUGUUUUACACAGUCCAGUAAUAAAUUGGCAACCAUACACAUUUGUGAUGGUAGGGGACCAUUUAACUGUAAAACUUGAGCUUAUUGCAAUUGCUCUAGCCUGCGGUUUUUCAGUGGCUAAUGAUCAGGAUGAUUAUACUUUUACCUUCAAUAUCAUAGGCAACAUGCCUCACACUUGAAUGCAACUACUGAUGGCCACAGGCAGGAAUGUACUAUUAAGAUUAUGUCCUGCUUGUGGGCUUCCCAAAGACCAUGGGAAAUAGAUUGCUGGACUAAGCCAGCUUUUGAUCUUGUCCAGCACAACUCUUACUUUCUGUAACUCAUGCAGUGAAACAAUCCUAGAUUCAGUUCUUUGUAGCAUUAGUUUAUUUCACAAUCAGUAGUGAGGUAGAAAAAAUGAGAAAUGUCCUAGUCUGCAUUGAAGAUUAGAGGAAUCAGGUUGAAGAUAUUAAAAGGUUAUUUAAAAAGAUACAAAUUCCUUUUAGAACUGAAGAAAAAAAGGGGGGGCAUGUUUCUUGAUAUAAUAAUCAAUGUAUACAACACUAAAGUGCUUUUGUAAAUUUAAUGGACUGCUGUGUGUGUUAUUUGAUUAAUGCAAUGUGUUAAUGCCUUAUACUCCUUUAUUUCAUACAUAUGUCCUAUGCAGUCUUAUUCCUUUAUUCUUCACAAGGAAACUUUCCCAUUUUAGCCAAUGUAACCAUAUCCAUCUGGUGAUGUCAGGUGGUCACCUUGUUUGCCUCUGUUGUAAUACUGGCCUUUCAUAUGGAGUGCAUCUUGAAUCUGUAACAGAAUGAGCUGCUGUAUAGUCAAAUUGUGCAAGAAAAUUGAAGAUGAAUAAUAUAUUUGUGUGUGGAAGAAAUCUUGUUUAUAUCAUUUAGAACUUUAUGCUUAAAUUUGAUGCUGUAUUAUAAUGUAAAUUGAAAUAGUACUGCAUGAAUUUAUUUUUGAAAUGAUUCAGUAAAAGUUUUAUUAUUUGAAAACUGAUGCCAGAUUUUCUUUGGGAACAUCCAGCAUACUGGAAAGAACAGUAUGCUUCUUGUAGAAAAGAGCAAAAUAUUAGUGGUUGACUUAUUCCAGGGCAAAGCUUUUAAAAAACCUUAAUAUUC